GUCGUCAUCGGCGUCAUCGGUCUUUUCCUGACUACCAGUGGAGUGAGUGCGAAUCUUGGCCAAUUUAGCCAGGAUUCGCAAACUCCGGCUGUUUCGCAGACGGGGCCGGUGUCUACUGUCUGUGGUAAGACUACGGACAGAUAAGGAGGCUUCUCUCGUCGGACUCAGAGGAGUCGUCGUAGUAAGACUUGAGAGCGGAUCGUGGUCUGCUUGACUGUUUCUCUCUUGGAUAUGGCCUCGAUAUAAACAUAUUCUGAAGCACGCUUGGGAGCCAACUACACACUACAGUGUUCUACAACUACUAGUACUACUACUACUAGUACCACUAGUACCUCUUCUACUACUACUAGUACUCCUAGUAGCGGUACGAACAAUCCAACGUACUGGCGCGAAUCUUUCGACAAUACUAGUGUGCGGCCAGUAAAAUAUCUGCAGGAGUUAGAUUUGCCAAAGUGUCUGAUAAAGGACAUUCACGUUGGAGUGCGAAAAGUUCUGGGUGUGUUUGUGUUAUUUUCUUGUAUCAGGAGAAAGUCCUCCUGACUUGUCAGAUCCUGUGAGAUCAUGAUGAAGAUGAUGAUGAUGGUGGUACCGUGAUUUGUGAUGUGAUUGGGACCACCCUCCCAUAACUUUGGCAGGUAUAAACACGUGGAACACGCUGUACACUUCACCUCUUUUCUUGUGUCAAAAUCCUUGGACUUGUUGGAUGCUCCCGUGGAGCUCGGAUCAACAUGUCGGAUCCCUUGUGUGUUCCAACCUCUGCAGAACCCUCUUAGGGUCAUGAGGAGAAGUUUCGACUCUGAGGACCCAAAGGCACACAUCAAUAAUCACCGUCGUCGAUCAUCCAACCAGUCGUAUCCAGACUUCCAUUCAUCGGUUCAAGAGCCCUCCCCGUCCGCGUCUUCAUCCUCGACUUACGCCACCAGUUACCCGUUCGAUCCCAAGAUUGCACCCAGCAACAGGGUGAUCGACUUUGGUGCAUCCUCUUCGACCUCGUUUCCCUCUCCUUCACCAGCCAAAAGUGCAUGGCUAUGGCCGACAAUCUCAUCACCAUUGUGCACCGAAGGAGAAGUCGGUCCAAAGAGGGCGAAGAAGCCAAAUGACCUCCACGAGGACCGCAUGACGUCCUCCGCGUUUGUCGGGACGAAAAGCGUAGCAGCCAACUCGAAUUCGAAUUCCUCGUCCUCCGCGGUCGGAGGCUCCGCCACUGCAGCUCAACCGAGUUCUGACUUGUGUUCCUCCGUUGUCCCUUUUGUACCUUCCGUUAGACACGAUCGGAGUGGUGUGGGUGGUGGAACAUUACUUGAAGACUCCUCAGGCUUAACAAAGGGAGAGGGAAGAAAGAGAAACUGUGAUUUCCGAUGCAGCAGCCCUUCUCCUCUUACUUUCAGCAACGCGUCCUCGUUGUCCUCCCCUCUGGCCUCGACCUCGAGUUCAGUGCAUUUUUCUGCACCAACGUGUGCACAGCAACAACAACAGCCUCUCCAAGAGCGGUACGUUGAAGAACAAAAACCUUUCGAACACUUUUUAAAUAGUGGAACCAGGAACUUGGUGAAUAAUAGUGAUUCUCUGAGAAAAAAGCAAGGGCAAGACAAAGUGGGAUCAAAUAGUGGCCAAAACCAACCCAUCAACCAACCCAUCAACCAACCCAUCAACCAACCCCAUCAACGCCAACACCAACAACACCAUUCGCUUCAGCCACAACAGCAACAGCAUCAUCUUCAUCAACAUCAUCAACAUCAUCAACAACAGCAACAACAGCAACAGCAGCAAAAUCACCUUCAAUCAUACCCCAAUCCCCCUCACCACCACCCACUCCAAGCUUCGAGUGGUGGCCACACUGGGACCAGUGCAGUCCUCUCGGGGCACAACGCAACUAUGCAACCGGCUACUGAUUAUCUGAGGCCUUACAUUCAUUACCCAGCUACUGCAGCUGCAUUGUACCAUUCCGCUGCCACGAUGGCUCCCACAGCUGCCUCCCGCCUGGAGCAGACCGGACUUGGGGAUCGAACAGUGCCUUUUCCGUCAAUCAACCCGCUGGCAGCCUCCCAACAUCCCAUUGCCUCGAACUACUCGCAUAGGUAUGACACGGGUCUACCAGCUCACCACCAAGCACUGUAUUCGUCCUCGUACUCUGCUUUUGAAUCUCCCUAUACCUCCCAAAUUACUCCCACCACCCACAUCCCUUUGGGCGGGGGAGAUUAUGCCCAGCAUCCCCAACAGCAUCACAGUGCUCAACCACAAAAUCAACAGCAGCAACAAAGGUAUUUCUUGGCCCGGCCUCAGCCCACGAGGCUCCUGCCGGCUUCAGCUGUCUCAACCGAUCUUGUCAGUCCCCAACAAACCCGAUCUCAGACCUCGCCCUACUCCAUAGCUGCUGCCAAAAUGGACAACAUCCUAAACAAUAAUAACAACAACAACCACCAGCACCACAACAACACCAACAACACUGGCAGUCCCCACAACCCCAAUGCAUCCUCUUCUCCUUCCACCAACAUCGACAGCAAUGGUAAUCUGUCGCCGGCCUCCGAUCGAAAUGAUGCCUCGAGUAAUAAGUUCAGGUACCCAAGUGGGGCAAAUAACUCAGUACAAAGCUCCUCAGCCUCCUCGCCCCCGCACAUGGAUCGAGGAGGAGGCCGAGCCAUCACUCCGUCGUCCGCCCUCUCCUCGAGGGAGGGAACGCCCAUGCCAAGCGCCAACAAUCGGGAUGAACCACUGGCACCCAACGUGGACAUCUCCAAGGUGCAGGCCAAGGAAAUCCAGCAGAACAACAAGCAACAACAAAUGCAAACUUUUAUGCAGUCCCAAGUCACGGCAGCUGGUCCCACAGCUGUGGGAGCCGCAGCUCCUUCUCUUGCUCAACAGAAUUUUCAUUUCGGCAUGGGAGCAGCCAGUUCAAUACCAACUAGAGGUUUUGUGGGAACCUCGCCGUCUUACUUCCCCUCGUCAGGUCCAGUGAAUAGCAUGUUGGACAGUUCUAUUGCUCAAAGGCCACCAAAGCAGAGGCCUCCCCGAGAGGCCUCACUUCAUGUCAAGAUCGGGCGAAGACCGGCUCACCUUCCCAAAGUGUUGAAGUUCACAGACAAGACCUUACCCUCGGGUUGGGUCCGAAAGCUCAAGCAGAGGAAGCAUGGCAAGCAGGCAGGGCGGUGGGACGUCUAUAUCUAUAGUCCGUGUGGCGUCAAGUUUGCUUCAAGAAAGAAACUCAAAAGUUUCUUUGAGAAGAACAACCUCACUCAUGACCCGGAAGACUUUGAUUUCACUCCCUACGGAAGGCACAUUGAAUCGAGGACCAAUCAUGCCAGCAAUACGAGUGGAUCCAGCGUGGGAACGGUGAGCAGCUCAAUAGGCACUCUGGACUCAGGUGCGGCAAGUAGGCACAAUUCGUCAGGCAGUACCGGGAGCAACGGGACCCAUCCGGGCAGCUGCAGCCCGGCAUCGAUUUCCUAUUCCCCCACUUAUUCCCUGAACAACUAUAUACCCCCCUCGAUGGCAUUCAGCACGGCCUCCACAACGACGGGAGCUGGCCUGAUGCCCACAAGUGCGAGUUCCUUUGUGGACUACAAUAAUUUCCAAUUUGAUCCUCACAUGGACAACCCCCCAAAUGCGAAUGUAUUAGACGUUCCCCCCAACGAGUUCAAUACCUUGGGUGGCGGGUCACCAUUGCCCUACGCCCACUUGGGGCGUGGACACCACCACCCGAUCAUGAAUAAGGGAGGGACCAUGGGCUCGGAGUUUUUCCCUUCUUCGGAAAUGGCUGACCUGAUCGGAAGUUCCACUAACGAACUUCACAAUGGGUACAGCAGUGACCUGAAGAUGGGCCUUCAAUCCUUGGGCGGCUCCCUCACUGCCACGAAGCUCAAUGACGACCAGGACCUGGCUGACAAGAUCAAUCUCCCCAGUGAGAAGUCCCAGGGACCGUCAGCUCACCAGGUUGCCUCGACUGCUUGCUACAGCACUGCCAUCUCUGUUUCGCCCACUUCUGUGAUGGCCAAUCCCACCCAGGCCUCCGUCAGCCUCCCCUCGGUGGCAAAUUCUCACGGUCACGAAAAUGCUCACGAGAAAGCCUUCAGCCUCGGUCGAACAAUCAACAUGCUUCAAGGAGGUCAGGAGGGCUUUGAAGACUCGUACUUCUACGACUAGUGAAUGCAAACAGUUGAGGCGUGUCGUGGCACGCCCAAGCGACAAAAAGAAACGGGUGUUUUACUCUGAUUAUUAUCUUUUCCUUUCCUCUUUCGCGAACUUGAAUUACAAUUGCAAGAGGAUCUUGGUGAUGCUCGAGCCCUCCCAAUCCCCUCUUGACGUGUACCCACGCACGCACACACAAACAAAAAAAACACUACUGCCAAGGAGAGUAAGUACCAGAAGCCGCCAUACAGGUCUGUUGAAAGGACCCUUGUCUUGGUUGAACAUCAUUCGCGCCGUUGGCAUUCACCAUUCGCUUGGUCAACUUGACCUCUGGAGGAACAAGGUCAAUCAGCAGCUCCUGCCUCGCAAGAAAAAUCCGUUGCCGAUGCGUCUCUUGCUCCUCGCCUCCACCACGAUUGUUCUCUAGGUGUUCGAAAGUCACCAACCUCUGUUGCUUCUACUCUCAUCUUCUUCAAAAGAAUCAAAAUGUUUAAACUUUAUGAAAGACACACAUAUGGACCAAGGAGUGAUCUCUCUCUCUCUCACUGUCUCUUUAAUGCUACCAUCACCACCCUAUAAAAACUAUUCUAUUACCAUUUUCACUCCCUCCCCACUUCCUUUAUAAUAUCCUCCCUCCCAUGUUAGACAUCACUAGACAUCGGCGCCCAACCUUCAUUCCCAUUCCUCAUAAAUCCACAUCACGUUUAUCUGCGCCAUAAUUCUUUUGAUUGUCAUUCAUCACAAACUGCAUACCGAACGACUCGUCGAUGUUCCAAUUUUCAUCUCUGAAUUCUUACCAUGGACAUUGACAGCAAGAGAAAGAAGAUACCAACCAUGGCUAACCAAAUUUCCCAAGCCCCGCAUUGCCCCCCUACCUGCCCUCUUUUCGCCAUUUGAUUUUCAUUGUUGAGUCUCUCACCUACCUGACUCCUCCGAGAACCUGUGUAGAACCAAUGUUAGGAAGAAUAUUUUAUGAAUCUCCCUCCCUUGUUCCCCCGUCUCCUCCGUUUCUUGUUGUUCCAUCAACUUCACCUCAGUGGUCCGCUUUCCUUUCUUGCCCAGAACCGCCGAGUUCUGUUCCCUUGAUCAAGUCGUUGUGUGUGAGAUUGUAUUCCUGAGGCAUUCAAUGCCCACCCUUUUCCAAAGCAAGCGACCCUGGACAUCUAAUGUCCAUAAAUGCCAUUGAUAUUACUACCCUACUACCACAACAUUGUUAUACUGCAUCAAUAAUGCUAUUCUGUACCUGGUGUAUACUCGAGAUGGCUCUGAUGGCAACGACUUAUGCCCAAUGAGACGACGAUGGUGAUGAUGAUGAUGAAGACGAAAUCGAAGAAAAAUCACCAACGAUGAACACUACUUUUGCUGGCUGUGCUCGACAUGAAAAUUAUGUGUGAUAUUUAAUAAGUGAAACAUUGCUAAAUUUACAUCAUCUGGACCUGAGCUCAAUGUCACUUGAACGUCAGAGUUCCGUUGAACCAGGCAAACGAAACCCAAAAAUACUUGUCCUUGAUUACUGCACUUGCAAGGACGACCAUCACCAUAACCUUCCGAAUUGGAAAGGGGAUAUUUGAUCCGUUCCUUAUCUUUCUGUUAUCAUUAUAUUCUUAAAUUUAAUGCCGAUGAUUUUUUUUAGUCUCUUGCUUUCCUCUGUCAUGUGCGUGAUCCUUUAAAAUCAAACUGUUCGAACCAACACUUGUCAGUCUCGAGAUGUUUCUUAUUCUUUUUCCAUUCCGAAGAAAAUACCAACCCAACCGUUUUUUGCCCAAUCGCUGACAAUUUACCCUGUCUCUCUUGAAGCCAAUAUUUCUUAGUAUAUUCACCAAACAGCAUCACCACCACCACCAUAACUAGUAACGGCAGUAACAUGAGCUAAAGCUUUGGAAUCCAACCAACAACAACUACUACUACAACCACCUCAACAACAGCCUCUUUUUCCUCCUCCACCUCCUCCUACUCUACUAUCAUUCUAUGACCCCGCCGCUCGAAGAGCUCUCCGACCUCUUCAUAUAUUUCUCCGCCGUCAAGAUUUUCAUCGACAAUUUUUACAGUCCGAAACCCCAAGAAACACCAUUAUCCACUACAAAAAGAAUCAAAUUGCGGAUUCCCUGUGAAUCCGUACCAAUAUAUAUCCUCCCCUUUGUCCCCAUGCCACUUUAAACAUACCCAAAACAAUUAUUACAACAACAAGUACUACUACUUCUACUACUACUACUACUACUACUACUACUACUACUACUACUACCACCACUACUACAAUCCUUGAGUCCCCUGUAAAUAUGCAAUAGAUAAAGAAUAAUGAUAAUACCACUAUAUUCUGUUAAGUCAGGUCAAACUGCGACUUUUGUUUGUUUCAUCAGGCAUACACAGCAUUGUGAAAAUCAAGAAAUAAACAAGUUCUUAAGA